AUUGGAACUUUCUCCCACUUGCAUGUAAUGUUUCUAUAUAUCUUAAAGCCUCUACACACAUGGUUGAGUAUCAAUCCACUUUGAAAUCAAUGCAUAUACCUCAGAAAUAACAAUUGCUUUCCCAUACAUGCAGACUUCAUUCAUUUGUGCUCAGCUGAAUUGUUGGUGACGUCAUGCAAUUUUUGUUUAAUCACUCUAGAGGCAUAACUCAGCAUUGCAAUAGGGUUGGUACCAGCUGUCUAUUUUUCCUUCUGGUAGCCUAUUCUUGGGGAUACUGAUCGGUGGGAAGUUGCAAAUUAUUGCACUCAAGUGACCAAUUCCCCUAAAUGGUUUCAGCUUACUGGAAAAACAUUAUGUAUGAGGACUUUCAGAUUGAUGUUUAACAGGCAUGUAGGACACCUCAAUUACUGGGCUGUGUCAGAACAGUGAGAGACAGUAUACAGGUCAUAGUGGAUCUCAUCACUGGUGAUUCACCAAUCUUUCCAACAUCCAUCCCAAGAUCAUUGUCAGCUGAAUGGACAACCUGUCCUAUAAUGGAAUGCAAAAUGCCACUUGACCAAGAGGGACAGCUAUGCAGCCCUGCAGACAUUUGAAUACAACUCACCAGCAGAAAGUGUAAUAGCCUCUAACACGGAAGGAACAAAAUACCACUAUAUAUUAAGAAAAGUUUUGCAAGACUUCUGCAAGCUGGCACUGGACUUCCUACGUAAAGGUGCAAACAUGAAGUUGUACCAUACUGCUGCAAAUAAACUUGGGGUUCAGCUAGAAGCAAUACGAAAUGUUGUUGAGGGACUUGUCAACCUGUUUGUAGAAAGCAGUAAACAUGAGCUUACUGCAGCUGACUUUAAGGACACUCUAGUAACACUGGGGUUUACUGACCAGCAUCAAGAAGUGCUAUGUUCAUUUUAUGAAGGAGUGAAGUCUGAGAUCAGAGAUGUUCUCUCUAAUAUGACAGUUAGUCUUCCACAUUAUAAAAAUCUUGAAUGGAGGUUUGAAGCUCAAGUAGCAUCAAGAUCAUUAAUGCAACAGGUAACUCCCCUUAUAACAAUGAAUCUUACAUUGACAGAAGCUGGUAAGGGUGAUAGCAAUAUUUGCCUUCAAACAGAUCCAAAUAAUUUACUUCAUAUUACACAAGUACUUGAAGAAGCCCUCCAUGAAGCAAAGAGUCAGCACACACGCAGGGUUUUACGGAGCUUUAAAUAGAAAAUAUCCUGUUUGCUCUCUCUCACACCUGUUUACAGUGCUUUCAUAUUGAAAGCAAAUGUGUUGGUAACUGUGGAGCUUACAGACCAGAAUUACAUGCAUAUUCUUACAGAAGAGUUGGUGCCAAAGAGAAAUGACAUGAUUUGGACAAAGUUCUGAUUGCUGGAAGCAGUACAGUUAUUGCAGUUUGUCUAGGAUCUGAAAUCAAAUGAGCAAGAGAUAAAUUACAUAUGUUAGAAGUAAUGGACAAUACUUUCCAGUGUUUUGCUCACAUUGUUACAUACAUGAUUGUUUUCGUCUUUUUUUAGGUUUCAAAUGCUGUAAAGCGUAUAUAUUCCAAAUAAAAUAUAUGCUUUUUGUUUUUA